AUGCCAGCCCAUUUCUCGCCCUAUUUGCAUUGCAAUCCUUAUGCCUCGCCGCAGGACGGCCAGGAUGAUAAUGACGUUCUGUCACCUCCGCCUUCGCCGCCGCCCCGGGUCCAUCUCUCUGCUGGGGAUGGGGAAGCCAUUGCGGAUAUUCACAAUCAGUUGACCGCACAGGACACGCAGGAGUCGCGACCGGAGUACCCGGAGCCGCACUCAUCGUUUGACAAGUUCCUCGAGGCGGAAGUGCAGGCGGGGAAGAAGAGGUCGAAUCUGGGAGUUAGCUUCAACUCGCUGACGACAUGGGGUGGAGGGGAGUCUCAGGUUAAUGUGAAAACUUUGGCGACGGCGUUUUGGAGAACUUUGACGUUGCAGGAUAUCUAUGAGUGGACUGUCAAACGGUGGGUGGGUGACAAGGAGCCUGAGCAUGGACGGGCCUUGAUUCGUGAUUUUUCUGGAGUGGUGCGCAGUGGUGAGAUGAUGCUUGUCCUGGGACGACCAGGCGCAGGCUGCUCGACUUUUUUGCGCACCAUUGCCGGCCACCAUUCCUCGUACCUAGGUGUCACCGGGUCCAUCGACUACUCUGGCCUCAGCUCUGAAGAACUGAAGAAGCACUUCCGUGGCCAGGUGGCUUACGUCCCCGAAGACGAUGUGCAUUUCCCUACUAUGAACGUUCGACAGACCCUGGAGUUUGCGCUGCAGUGCAAGACCCCCAAGAGAUACCGCGACCGGAUAUCGCGAUACCUUGACAUUUACGGACGCGUGUUUGGCAUGUCGCACACAAUGGAUACUCUGGUUGGCAACGAGUACAUUCGUGGUGUCUCAGGUGGAGAGCGGAAGCGUAUCUCUAUCAUUGAGUCGCUUGCGACAGACUCGUGCGUGACGUGCUGGGAUAAUUCUACAAGAGGUCUGGAUGCCUCGUCCGCUCUGGACUAUGCGCGCAGUUUGCGCAUCAUGACCGACACCGCCGGGAAAGCUACACUGUUGACGUUAUACCAAGCCUCGGAUGCCAUCUAUGAGCUUGUCGAUAAGGUUCUUCUAGUCGAUGAAGGCCGCAUGUUAUUCCAAGGACCCGCGCAAGACGCCAAACGCUACUUUGAAGAGUUGGGAUAUCAAUGUGGAGAGAUGCAAACGACCUCCGACUUCCUCACCAGCAUUACAGUCCCCGAGCGACGCCGUUUCCGCCCGGGCUGGGAGCAUCGUACCCCCAAGGGCCCUGUCGAACUCGAGGAAGCAUUUCGGAACAGCCAGGCUUUCGCCAAUGUUCAGCAAGAUAUCCAGGCUUAUGAAGCGCAGCGUUUCGCGCGCAAGGAUUCCCAGAUCACCCUGACAAAUUCGGACUGCGGAAGCCUAGAAGAUUUCAAGACUCAGGUUCAGACGGACAAGUCGCGGUUCGUGUCCGCCACAUCAUCUUACACGAUUUCUCUCUUCAGACAGGUGGCUCUGUGUACCAAGCGCCAGUUCUGGCAACUGAAGGGGAAUCAGAAACCGACUUACAUCAAGCUCAUAUCGGCCGUCGUCUACGGCUUGUUGAUUGGAUCAAUGUUUUAUAAUCAGCCGCAGACCACCGAUGGCAUGUACUCACGUGGUGGUAUGCUGUUCUACUCAUCGAUCUUGCUAGCAUGGCUGCAGAUGUCCGAGCUGGAAGACGCUAUGCAGGGCCGCGACAUCAUCAGUCGACAAAAAAAGUUCGCCUUUGUUCGCCCGAGUGCUGUCUGUCUUGCUCGUGUGCUUUCGGAUGUCGUGGUAUCGCUUUUAAUUACCGCUCUUUACAUGAUCGUGGUUUACUUUCUGGCGGGUUUAAAAACAAAUGCUGGCGCGUUUUUCAUUGAUUUCUUGUUUAUCUAUUUGUCUACGGUAGCCCAGACCGGUCAAUUCCGAGUCUUCGCCUCGUUGUCGACAGACUAUGCGGUGGCGUUGCGUUACUGUGGCGUGUCGGUGCUUUUCUCCGUCGUGUUCAGUGGUUAUCUUCUGGCGGUGGACAAGUUGAUUUCGGAUGUGCCAUGGGUUGGAUGGAUAGCGUUUACUACGCCGACUCUCUUCACCUAUGAAUCGGUGAUGAUUGCCGAGUUUCGCAACACCAACUUUAAUUGCUCUCCGGAAUCGGUGGUCCCAUCUGGUCCUGGGUAUACGGAUGUCGCUUACCAGACGUGCGCAUAUCAGGCGAACCGGGUGGGAACUACCCUGAUCAAUGGGGAUGACUAUCUGGCCACCAAAUACGGCUUCCACAGCAGCCAUCUUUGGCGCAAUUUUGGUAUUCUGUGUCUCUUCCUGGUUGCUUACACGCUCAUUACUUGUUGGCUUAGCGAAGUCAUGGAAUGGCAACCGGAAAGCGCAGGGACAAUUCAGUAUAAGAGGUCUCGAAAGCAGCCGCUGAAGAAGGGUGACAACGCUCGCGAUGAGGAGAAUGCCCCCGUUGGAGACGAUGUCAGUCCGCCCGCUUACCCCGGUUCUGUUAAUGACAAGCUCGUUGGGCCUCUCAGCGGUAGCAAGUCCUCGUUUACUUGGGAUAAUUUGGAACUUCACGUACAGGUUGGAAGAGAGACGAGGAAGCUGUUGAGUGGGGUGAGCGGUUAUUGCAAGCCGGGGACGAUGACGGCUUUGAUCGGAACUUCUGGUGCUGGAAAGUCGACUCUUUUGACUGCCCUGACUCAAAGGCAAAACUCGGGUCAUCUCAAUGGCACCAUGUUCGUCGAUGGACGUCCCGUGGAUCGCUCGUUCAACCGACAAACUGGUUACUGCCAACAAAUGGACAUCCACGAUGACACGAGCACGAUCCGUGAAGCAUUCGAAUUCUCCGCCCUCCUACGUCAAGGACGCGAUGUCUCCAAGGAGGAAAAGCUGUCUUACGUAGAUUCGGUGCUGGAAACGCUCGAUUUAGUGGAGUUGCAGAAUGCUUUGGUUGGAUCUCUCGACAUCGAGAAGAAGAAGCGUGUCACCAUCGGAGUGGAACUUUGUGCGAAGCCAAAGUUGUUGCUCUUCUUGGAUGAACCAACGAGUGGUCUGGAUAGUCAGGGUGCUUCUACUAUUGUGGAUUUGAUGAGACGUCUUGCGGACCAGGGCUUGGCUAUUCUGUGUACGAUUCACCAGGCAAAUCAGGAGCAGUUUGAGCAGUUUGAUCGCGUGCUGGCUCUUAGCCCUGGUGGACGUACGCAUUACUUUGGUGAAGUUGGCGAAUCUGGUCGUGCGAUUUUCAACUACUUUACUAGAUACGACCAGAAACCGACGCGCGUCACUAAUGCUGCUGAUUACUUGAUUGACAUUGUCGCGAGCGGCAUGAAAGAUAGUGACAAGAGCAUCGACUGGCCUACUAUCUGGGAGCAGUCCCCGGAGGCAGAGGAGGUCAAGAAGGAAAUCGCAGAGAUGCGUGGCAAGCAUGAGAAGGAACUGCCAGGUACCUCUGAUCGCGAAUUAGCUCCUGCGCCCGUCUCAGAGCAGAUCUUUCUAUUGACCCAGCGGACAUCGCGACAAUUCUGGCGGAGUCCGGGAUAUCCCUACUCCCGGCUCUUUGCUUGCUUUGUCCACGCAUUGAUCAACGGUCUCACUUAUUUGCAAAUUGGGAACAGCACGACGGAUAUGCAAUCCAAGGCGUAUUCAUGCUUCCUGAUCAUCAUUCUGGUCCCGGACUUUAUCAACGGUAUUUCAAUGCGGUUCAUCAUGAAUCGUGAUUUAUGGAACGCUCGUGAACGCCCCAGUGGAAUCUACGGAUGGGUGGCCUUUUGCACUGCGCAGGUCCUGUCUGAGAUUCCUUAUGCGGUUUCCGGCUCGGUUAUCUUCUACAUUCUUUACUACUUCCUCGUGGGAUUGCCAUUGGGCUUCCCCGCAGGAUAUACGUUCUUGAUGAUCUUCUUGUUCAUCGUUUUCUGUACGUCGUGGGGACAGUGGAUUGGUGCAUUAAGUCCCAACUCGGUUGUCGCCGCGACGUUUAUGCCCUUCUUUAUCUGCGUCUGCGAACUGUUUAAUGGAAUCUUACAACCACAUGAGCAGAUGCCCACGUUCUGGAAAUACACCAUGUACUACAUGACGCCCUUCACAUACUGGAUUGGAGGUGUCCUCUCUGCCAUCCUCAAGGGGACACCGGUCACCUGCACGCAAGACGAACUUGCCGUCUUCCAGUCUCCGGCAAACAUGACCUGCGCAGAAUACGCCGGGCCAUGGCUGUCGCAGAAGGGAAGAGGAUACUUGUCUAAUCCGGAUGAGUACGGAUUGUGUGGGUAUUGUGAAUACAGUUAUGGUGAUGAUUACUUGUCAACAAUCGAACUAGGCCAAUCAAAGAUAUGGCCCUACUUCGGCAUCUUUGUGGCCUUCGUCGUUACGAAUUACAUGAUGGUUUAUCUACUGGUUUACCUGCGGUCUGUCAUGAAGAUCAAACCGUUCUGGAAACGCAGUUAA